AUGGCAACCAACAACAACCUCUACUGGCGCCGCCAAGUCGCCGAAAUCUCCUCCAAACCCUGCUGGAUCUGCUACAAACCCACCUCAUGCUGCCUCGCAACCCCCGACAGCGGAGCCACCGAUUUCUUCUACAUCUGCCCCGGCCACUUGACAGACUCCAAAUUCGCCAUCGCCAAAGACGCCAUCGACCUCGAAACGAAGAAACGCGAUGCCGAAAUCGAAGCCGAAAUCCAACUUCUCAAAAAGGAAUUCGACGAGAAGAUGAAGAAGAAGCUGGAGCGUCGGAAGAACAAAGAGGCCGAGAAGGCGGGCGAGAAGCCGGAGAAAGAGGCGAAGAAGGAAGAGGUUGAUGAUGAAAUGGAGAAGAAAGAGCAGGAGGAGAAGCUGAAGGGGUUGGAGAAGAAGAAGGAGCCCGAGAAGGCGAAGAUUGAGGGACCGAGGAUAUUCGAGCUGCAUAAGCAGUUCUAUACUAUGAGGCUGCAGAAGAAGAGCGAUGCGGAGCAGGCGAAGAGACGGCAGCAGGUGGUGCGGAGUGGUGGUGGUUUCCCCAUCGUGCCGAGGGGUGACCCAGGAGCCGUGGGUUGA